GGGGCGGGGUCUCCGAACUCAAUCAGUCGCGUCGCGCUUGGCUGCACGUGUUUGCUGCCUCAACAGACUACUAGCACUCUCUUUUGCCCUCUAUUUCUUCCUCGAAAACGCUGAGUCGCAAUAUCAGGUUGCAUUCAGAUGGCCUAGACUAGGACCGUUCUCAUUCUAUUUUUCUAUUUUAGCAGACUUGCUUGGCAUUUGAAACUUUAAAGCCGCCAGUCGAGGCAUCUGGAACCCACACCAGCUAUUGCAGUGGCAACAUACACUUCAACAUGUCAGACGUCAGCGACAACGACGCAACCGAUGCAUCCGACAACGGACAGCUUCCGAGUGAUGCCGAGUCCCCUUCACCAUCGCACUUGGAAGAGCAUUUCGACUCGGAGCGAGGGUCAGACUAUGGCUCUGAUGAAAAUGAGGACGAAGAAAGCCAUGGCGACGCUCGUGGCCUGUUAGACCUCGAGGCCUCCGAGUCUGAUGAUGGCGAAGAUGACGAUGAUGAGGAUGAAUCAGAUCGAAGUUCAGCAAUCGGGAAACGCACAGAUGGUAUGAUGGAUGGUAGUGAAACCAUCACCUUCUGGACAGAUUAUGAGUUUCCACAGUUCGCAAAGCUGCCUCCCGAGUUGCGCUGUCGAGUCUGGGAGUUGUUCAGUCCUAUGAUUUGCGCGGAAUCGCGGAUAGUAACAGUGGUCAUCAAAAUGAGCGAAGACUUAAUGCGAGUAGACCCAGAACUUACCUUGGUCCUGCAGUACGAAAGCGUGGCUACCCUGUUGCAAAUCAACCACGAGAGCCGCGAUAUCGUCCUCAAGGCCCUCCCGGACACACUUGCUGUCUACGAUGACGACUGUUCGCUUGUGCGAUUCAACCGUAGCAAGGAUGUUGUUGGUCUCUAUAACCUCGAUGGAUGGGAUGGCUGGAUGGGUCCGAAUUUUCUGCGCCCAGAAGACGCCAAGCAUUAUCAGAUUCCUGGUUUCUCUGAGAAUGUCGAACACCUCUCUCUUCACGACGUUUACCUUGACGAGAGAGGGGCAAUUAUCAGCCAAACAAACGAACCGGGCGACCCUGCAUAUAUUUUCGGCUUGCUCAUGACCUUUCCUAACCUCAAAGCUGUCUACGAGGUCAAAAAUAGCAGUAAACUGCCCAUGACCUCGAUGCACUGGUGCGGCCAAGAAGACUCCACCAGCACCUACGAGCUGCGCCAUCAAGAGGAAAACGAGUAUGGUGUGGAAACCGAAACCAGGCUCAUUUACGUAUGGCCCAAGAUCGACAAGUUCGAAUUUCCAGACUCCCGCGACAACCUCCCAGAGGUCAAAGAUUUCGGCGUUUGGGCCGAGGAAUUCUCAGAAGACAACCCACCUGCAAUGCCGCCCAACUUCGAAGACAGUGACGAGAGCUUUGAGUUCCCACGGAUGAUCUCUGAGGUUCUCGCUGGCAUCGAGAUGUGGCCCAUGGUGCUGUUUAGGUGCGGCGCGGGAUAUAGGCGGCUCCAGAAGCUGAAAGAGACCAAGUUUGAAGAUCUGGAUGAUGACGAAGAAGUCGAGCCUGAUAGUGAUGCCGAAGACUGGGCUGACAUGGAUGAUAGAGAUGUUGAAAGUGAAGAGGACGAUGGUGAGAUGGAUGACUUUAUUGAGGACGACGAUUUCGACCAAGAAGCCGCUUCUGACCCGCACCAGGGCGGCGGGUGGGAGGCUGACAAUUCGGGAGAUGUGGACGAAGAUGACUUGGACCUUGGGGAUGAGGAAGGUGCUCCUCUUUUCAACGGCUUCUCACCCACCCAAUAUUCAUCUGGCGCAGAUACCGACAAUGCGGGUGACAACGAUGGCAAUGGAGCACUUCUGGAGUCCGAUGAUGUAGACAACAGCGUCCGUCCCUCCAACAAGCGGAAGGCGAGGCGAGUGGUUGACUCAGAUGACGAGGAGGACGAGGACGAAGAUGAAGAUAUCCGGCCAACCAAGAUUCAGCGCAGAUCCCGGCGUGUAGUUGCUGCUGACAGCGAGGAUGAGGACGAAGACGAACAAGGCGACAGCGAAGGUGCCCCGCUACGAGAUUCCAAAUCACGAAACAGCCACUCUGAUGGCUCUGCUACCGAAGACGGCUCGGAUUCUGAGGAUGAAGGAGAGGCCGGCAAUCAGGGAAGAAACCUAACCUUUGCGGAGAGGCUAAGUCUCCAUCGAACCGACAACCCAGUCGACUCGGAUGGGGCUUCGAAUUCAAACGGAACAGAGAGCUCCGACGAGGGCACAGACCACAUUGCAUCCGACGACGAUAACGGAGAGGACGACGAUGGGAGCAGUAAUGGCAUGGUAGACCAUUAUGCGGAGGAUAUGGGUGACGGCGAAGAGAAUGGUUCGGAUGAUGACGGCGGAUGGUGAAACCAUUUCGCGCAACGAACCGGACCCAAACACAGUCUAAUAGCACGAGUGUGGAAGUUAAACCAGGGCGUCGGAAUCCUGCCACAGUCCCAAACCAUACACUAAUCUAAUAUUGUACUAUAACGACUUCCUAGAGUUAUGCUUACGGCACUUGAACUCGAUGACCAGAGUAAGACCUUGCUUACUUGCUAAUUUGUAGCAUUCUUUCAG